UAAAACAAAAUAUUAAUUGUAUAAAACGAUAUGUUUAAUUUUAUUCUGCUUUUAUCAUGCUUUUUGCUUUUGAAAAAUUAUUAUAUAUUUGACUAGUAAAUAAAAAUCAUUGUAAUGAAUAUAAACAAACAGUUUUUUAUUAAAGUCCUUUAUUUUUUGCUAUGUGUGGAUUCCACCCGCUGCGUUUUUAUCGUUAAGUAUAAAACCAAAUCAGACUUAAGAAAUAUACUAACCACUACCACAGUAGUAAUUAUGUACAUAUACUUGUAUACCCAUAGCUAGAUGUGAAAUUAAACAUUCAGUAUACUUGACACAUCACUUGAAACAGUGAUAGGUCACUAAUUUACACAGGUGUAUAUAAUAUACGGAAAUCUUCCAUACAGAACCCGUUAUUUCCAUUAAAAACCUUAGUAUACUGUAAAAGUCCAAUUUAUAACUUCAAUGUUUCUUGACCAAUUCCCAUUUACAAAAUAUCAAUAUUAUUCUGAAGGGGGCUUCUUACAAUCGUGUUGUUUUCUGUCACUCCUGUUAGAUAACUCUUGAUAGAACAGUCUAGAGAAUAGAAACUUUGUACAUUGAACUCUAUAAUUUAGGGGUCAAAAGGUCGAAGGGCAGCAAACUUUUCACUACAAAGGUUAAAGGGCUUGGCGUUUAGUUGGUAUGUAAUGCACGUAGUACAGCGCGGUCAGGCGGGGUUGCACCGGAAAGAAGUAAUAGCUGGGAGAGAGUAGAUAGUCAGUUCGAUAGGUAAAGACAGUUGGUUGUAGUGACAAUGGUAAAGACUUUCGUAAGUUCUGUCCUUCAAAACUUUGUGAUUUGGUUUAUUUUUAUGCACGUAGUGUCCAAAUUAACCCUGACUUUGAGACUACAUUUUAAUAAUUCUAUUGUAUAAUUUCAAGCUUCUGUACAAAUCAUUAAGUGCUUUAAAAGAUAUAUACACGGUAAUAAAAUAGCUAUAUAACAGUAUGCAAUGUUCGUAUUAAGAAGCUAUAAGGCAUUAUUGUGAUGCUGAAGUUUUUAAAUCAAAGUGUCUGUACUAAUUUCCUUUUUUUAUAGAGAAAGAAAAUUUAGAUACAUGGUUCACUCUUAAUCUGCCUGCAAGCGUGAGAAUUAGGAUGUUUUAAUCCUCCAGCUCGUAUCGCUGAUCGCUGAUUCAGUGUGUCAGUGAGACAGCGAGUAGCGAGUGAUAGAGAUUACGAUGACAGCGAGUGAGUGACGUGUGACAGCGCGGUGCGGCGAGCGGUGGCUGUGGCUGCUGCUCACAAGUGACAAGUACAGAAUGCGACCUACGACCCGCGUGGGUUACUUCACUAAUGUCACCAACUCAGCUCCAGUUUAAUCAGACCUUCCGGAUCAGUCACCAACAAUGUCCUUGAAGGAAGUAAAUGUAUCAAACAAAGUGAGAGUGCUGUAUCUGACAAAAUGCUGCAGACGAUACCCACUCAAGUUUGGCUCCAAGGUUGCUGGAUGGUAUAGCACAGUUGCAUCAGUCCUCAGUAUCUUAAAUGGCUUCCAUAAUCUGGCAAGUGUCACUUCCUACAACGAAUAUCCGGAAGUUGCUGUUGAUUUGAUGAAGUUGAAAAUAUUGUUUUGUUUAUUAGACACAGCUUUUGGUGUCACCUUGUUGAUGGGAUUAUACCUGGAAAGAACAAACUAUUUGUUGUCUUGGAUAGUUUCAAAAUCAAUACUACUUUUAUGUGAAGUUCCACUGUAUGUCUUAAUGAGCUAUUUUGACAAGUUGUGUGCUGAACUUGGCCUCUUUCUUUUCUGUAUGGGUAUUGACAUAUACUGUGUGUUGGUGGUUCAUGGAUAUUUUAUGGAACUUACAAAUUUUAGUGAAAGUGAGGUGUAGUGAUUGUAGACUGAGU